GCCAGACACACACACUCUCACACACACUGCCCCCCAUGUCUUUAGAAAUAUUGGGGGCAUGUGCAAUAUUGAAGGGAGGGUCACAGAGAUGAGGACCCCUCCCCACCGUCUAAAAGGUGUUGUCCUCAAGCCUCCAAGCUGAGCAUUGGGACAAUGAGGACUAGACAUGUGCCCUUUUAUUUAUUUGUUUUUAGAAAAGCUGAACCGAGAUCUGGCUUCCAGAGGGUCCCGGAGCCACAGGAGGGGAAAUGAAUGCCUUUCGGACAGGAUUCGCAUUGUGGCCCCUUGCCUCUCUGCAUCUCCCCUCCUUCCUCCUGUCCAACAAGAUCCAUUCAGAUUCGGACGAGGGCGACGGCUCCAUCAAGUACACCAUCUCCGGGGAGGGCGCCGGCACCAUCUUCCUGAUUGAUGAACUGACUGGCGACAUCCAUGCCACGGAGCGCCUGGACCGGGAGCAGAAGACGUUCUACACACUGCGUGCCCAGGCGAGGGACCGCCAGACUGACCGCCUGCUGGAGCCUGAGUCGGAGUUUGUCAUCAAGGUGCAGGACAUCAAUGACAGCGAGCCCCGCUUUCUGGGGGGGCCCUACAUCGGGAGCGUGGCUGAGCUCUCCCCCAUCGGGACCUCCGUGAUGCAGGUGAUGGCAUCCGACGAAGACGACCCCACCUACGGAAGCAGCGCCAGGGUGGUCUACAGCGUCCUGGAAGGAGAGCAGCACUUCACGGUGGACAGCAAGACAGGGGUGAUCCGGACCGCCGUGGCCAACCUGGACCGGGAGACUCAGGACCGAUAUGAGGUGGUGGUUCGGGCGACGGACAUGGCUGGGCAGCUGGGAGGCCUGUCGGGGUCCACCACCGUCACCAUCGUCAUCACGGAUGUCAACGACAACCCCCCACGCUUCCCACAGAAGAUGUACCAGUUCAGCAUUGUGGAGUCUGCCCCAGUGGGCACGCUGAUUGGGUGCGUGAAGGCCGAGGACUCGGAUGUGGGCGAGAACACAGACAUGACCUACCAGAUCAAGGCCGAGGAGGGGCUGGGCGCCUUCCGGGUGACCACAGACAGCGACACGCAGGAGGCCCUCAUCUCUGUGCACAAGCCCCUGAACUUCGAGGCCCAGGAGAUCCACACGGUGGUGGUGGAGGCCCUCAACAAGUUUGCCGACCCCCGCUUCAUGGAUUUGGGCACCUUCCGGGACCAGGCCAUCGUGAGGGUCACCGUGCUGGACGUCGAUGAGCCCCCCGAGUUCCGGCCCCCUGACGGCCUGAUGGAGGUGCAGGAGGACGCGCUGGUGGGUGCCGUGGUGGGGGUAGUCACUGCCCUGGACCCCGAUGCGGCAAACAACCCUGUGAGGUAUGCCAUUGACAGCACCACCAACCAGGAGCAGAUCUUUGACAUCGAUCCUGAAACGGGCGCCAUUGUGACCAGCAAGCUGCUGGACCGGGAGACCGCUGGCUGGCACAACCUCACCGUUUUGGCCAUGGAGGCAGACAAUCAAGGCCAGGUUUCCCGGACCUUCCUCCGAAUCCGCAUCCUGGAUGUGAACGACAACCCCCCGGAGCUGGCCACCCCUUACGAAGCUGCUGUCUGUGAGGAUGCCAAGCCAGGGCAGCUGAUCCAGACCAUCAGUGUAGUCGACCGGGAUGAGCCCCAGAGUGGCCACCGCUUCUAUUUCACGCUGGCCCCGGAGGCCUCGGGCAACCACCACUUCUCUCUGUUGGACAUCCAGGACAACAUGGCUGCAGUGCACACCCAGCGCCCCGGGUUCAACCGGCAGGAGCAGGACCUCUUCUUGCUGCCCAUCCUGGUGGUGGACAGUGGCCCCCCUGCCCUGAGCAGUACUGGAACUCUGACUAUCCGGGUCUGUGGCUGCGACAGCUCUGGCGCCAUCCAGUCGUGCAACACCACGGCCUACGUCGUCUCCACCUCGCUCAGCCCCGGCGCUCUCAUUGCCUUGCUGGUAUGCGUUCUCAUUCUCAUUGUGCUGGUCCUGCUGAUCCUGACGCUGAAGCGCCACCAGAAGGGCCACCUGGCCUCAGAGGAGGAUGAGGACAUGCGCGACAAUGUAAUAAAGUACAAUGACGAGGGGGGCGGCGAGCAGGACACGGAGGCCUACGACAUGUCGGCGCUGCGCAGCCUCUAUGGGGACUUUAGGGAGACCAAGGAGGGCGGGGAGGGGGGCAGCCCCCUCCCCUCGGAGCUCUUGGCCCUGCCACAGGGACCACCGCCGCCUGAGCUGGACUUCUCCCUCUUCAGGGACUACAUCAGCAGGAAGGUGGGGCAGGCGGACCAGGACCCCUCAGUGCCCCCCUACGACUCCUUCCAGACCUACGCCUUCGAGGGGGAGGGCUCCCCGCCUGCCUCCCUCAGCUCCAUUGCCUCCCGGUCCUCUGGAUCUGAGCAGGACUUCGCCUACUUGGGCAGCUGGGGCCCCCGGUUCCGGCAGCUGGCGGCGCUCUAUGCCAGGGGGCGCCCGGGGGAGGAUGGUGGAGAGGACUCCUAGGCCCAGAGAACCAAAAAGCCAGCCACCGGCUGCCUGGCCCCCAACAGACAUGGGGGGCACAAGAUGGGCCACCUGUAGCUCCUCCAGGGCCACUGCGCAGGCGCACCAUGGUCCGGCCAUGUGGCCCUCGGUAACUCUCUUGCAGUGGGGUGCAGCAUUUGGGGCCCCUCUUGUCUUGGGGAAGGGUGAGAAAGCAAGAGAAAGAGGGCCAGAGAAGGUACUUGGAGUAAAGGGUUUUUUUGCAGGCCAGGCCAGGAAGAAAAGGGCCAGAGUGGCUGGAGGGAGGCUGCAGCCAUAGUUGUGCCCCCCCCCCCAUGCUGCUUUGCAUUGCACGCUUCUGAAGAAGAGGAAGAGGAAGAGGAGGGGGCCUUUGCCGGCGGAGGGAAGGAGGGAGGGAUGGAUGGGUGGUGGGUGCCGGCCAAGACCGCUGCUUCUCUCCUGGCAAAUUAUCAUUUAAAUUGAUGGUGGGGAGAUGGACUGUCCAAGAGGGAAAGACGGAGGGAGGGAGGGAUGGGGAGCCCUUUGUUGUCGAAAUGGAUUUUGUCAGUGGAUACCCUGCCUUGGACAAGCCUCUGCCAAGGAGAGUCCCGGCAGUUUGUCGCUCUCUCUGUGCGUUGGGGGGGGGGGGGGGGUCCCCUGCUGCAGAAGCCCCCUGUGGAUUCUUCCACGGUUCUUCGUCUCUAGAGAGGAGUGGGGGUGUUGGGGUGGCCAUGGCUGGCCCUCAGGGCUGACUGGGGAUCGGGUGGGGGAGGCAUCCUCUUGGCAUUUGGGAUAAAAGCCUUCUGCGCCUACUUGGGGGGGGGGGGAGCAAUGCUCAGGGUCUCCUUGCCAAGGAGGCAUCUCACUCCUUUCUGUCCAAACCCAACAAGUCCUCCUUGCGAAGAAUGCUGCCUGGGUUGCCAGCGGCUGCAUUGCUGGCUUCACAGUGCCCCAGUAUCUGUCUUUAUUGGGGGGUGGGCAGGUGCUUCCAGGGCCUUACCCCCAGCUGCACACAUAUCACCCUCCAAUGCCCUUGUUGCCCCGCAUAAUGGAUAGGGGGCUCUUGAGCCGUGGCUCUAUUUCCUUUUUGUUUGGGCACUUGGCACGUGGGUGGAACCUGGCACUGGGGGUCUCUGGCAAGAGGGAUGGUUUCUGGGGGGAGAUGGGUUGCCCAGCAGCCUCUCUGGUUGCCUCACCUGCUGCCCACAUUGGGACUGGCAUGCAACUUUCUUGCUGGGCAUGGAUCGUGAGGGGGCCAGCCUGGAGGAGGGCCCUGUGAGGCAGUGGGCGUUUUGGGUUGGGAAUGGGGUGGGAGAAGAGGAUCUGGCUCCUCAGGAGUAGGGCAUGCCAUGGGGGGAAUCCCCUCCCCUCCCUGUGCAUGAACUGCCAUCUCUGUGGGGCCCUUUUCCAGCCUCCAGACCCCCAAUGCCUUCUCCCAGCUCUGCCUGGCACACGCUACCUCCUUCUCAGGACCUCUGUGGCACAUCUGGUGGGAAGGAGGGCAGGCCGGCCUUGGUGUGCCCCCCCCCCCAGCCCUGUCCUGCUUGCUGGCCCUUCACUGUGACACCCUUUUGUUUCCAGGGGGGCUGGGCAGUUGCCCCCCCCCCAGACUCCCGUCCUUGCCCAGUUGGGGGCCGGUCCC